AUGAAGAUUUAUGUGCUUGCGGCCGUUUUACUGGCCGUUGCACUAGGCCGUCCCAACAAUGACCUGGAUAACGAAGAACAAUCCCAAUGGCCCUGGAAGGUGGGCACAUUAUACCGUUACGAUGUAGAAGCCCAUACCCUGGCCUACCACCAAGAGGGAGCCAGCACAGGAAAUACCUACAGGGCCAAAAUGAUUGUCCGCGUUAAAGCCCCAGGUCGUCUUGAAGCUAGGCUGGAAAACCCAGAGAACGCUCAAGUCCACCAGGAAUUAGAACGCCAUGAGCCCAUGCCUAAAGACCUGGACUACAAAGCCGGCCCAAAACUCGAUAAGCCAAUCGAGAUCCUCUUAUCCGGCGGUAGAGUUAAAUCUCUGCGUUUACCUUCAUCAGUGCCUCUCGCCCAGGAGAAUUUAAUCAAGGGUCUCAUUGGUGCUCUUCAAGUAGACUUAUCAACUUACCGUAAUGUUCACAGUUCCCACGAUACUUUCGACAAGAACACCAAACAGGGCUUGUUCAGGAAGAUGGAAACUGACGUCACUGGUGAUUGUGAAACUUUAUACUCUGUGUCCCCUGUUGCGGCUGAAUGGAGGAGAGAACUCCCGCAAUUCACCAAUGAGGAAGAACCAAUUGAAAUCACAAAGAGCAAAAACUACGGUCACUGCCACCACAGAGUAGACUACCACUUCGGUGUCCCCGAAGGUGCUGAAUGGACUGGUACUGCACACAGCACGAAAAAGGAACAGUUCAUUAACCGAGCGACUGUCUCCAGAAUUCUUGUCGGCAAAGAGGGUACUAUUUACAAAGCUGAGACAACGAGCACUAUUAACGUCAACCCUCACCUGUAUGGCAAACAACGAGUUGAAGUACACAGUAAAGUCAGUGCUCGUUUGGUCACUUACGAACAGGACUCCGAGCCUGAAUGGCCAAAAUUAGUAGGAGCUCGCGAAAUCCUAAAUCUGUUGUACUCUUUGACUCCAAAACAAGUUAACAUCGAUGACAGCUCAGCCUCAUUCGAAUCCUUUGAAAAGAACAUUCACAUUGAAAAGUAUCAGCGAGAACGCCGCUCUGCAAAACCCAAAUCGGUAUACUCUAUUGAUAAGGUAAUUAUGAAAAGCCGUGUAAGCGAUGAAGACAGUUCAUCAAGCUCCAGUGAAUCUGCCUCUGCUUACGUCAACGAUGAAAUUCCUUUGGACAAUGAACCAGCAUACGCUGCUUUGUAUUUGAACCCCCAGCCGAAUGGUGAUAAGAAGCAGAACCCGAUGAACGCUCAAAAACUCGUCCAAGAAAUUUCGCAUCAACUGCAGAACCCGAAUAAUAUGCCUAAAGCUGAUUUCCUAACGAAAUUCAACAUCCUUGUUCGUGUUAUUGCUUCCAUGAGCUACGGUCAAUUGAGUCAAACUAGUCGCAGCUUAGAAAUCGCAAAGUCAAGCAAUGACAUUGUCAAAACUGACAUGUGGAUGAUCUACAGAGAUGCCGUAGCCCAGGCCGGUACACUACCAGCGUUCCAACAGAUCAGAACAUGGAUCGAGAAGAAGAAGAUUGAAGGAGAAGAAGCAGCUGAAGUAGUUGCUGUUCUAUCUAGAUCACUACGUUAUCCCACCACUGCUGUUAUGAAGCAGUUCUUUGAGCUGGCCAUGAGCCCUGUGGUCAUUGAACAGCUGUACCUCAAUAGCUCCGCGUUGAUUUCUGCGACCAAAUUCAUUAAUAUGGGUCAAGUGAACAAUGAAACUGCCCACCGUUUCUACCCUACCCACAUGUACGGCCGACUUUCGCGUAAACAUGAUCGCUUCGUUAUUGAUGAGGUCCUUCCCCGUCUGAGCCAAGAGUUGAAACUAGCUAUUGAAAAGGAAGACAGUCACAAAGCACAAGUUUACGUCAGGGCUAUUGGUAACCUGGGUCAUCGCGCUAUCCUAGAUGUUUUCGCACCAUAUCUUGAAGGUAAAAUUCCAGUGUCUACUUACCUAAGAACAAGGAUGGUGGAAAACCUUCGCGUUGUGGCUUACCAAGAAGAUCAUCAUGUUCGCGCUGUAUUAUUCAGCAUCCUUAAAAACACAGCUGAACCCUACGAAGUAAGAGUAGCUGCUAUUCACAACAUUUUCAUGGGUCGUCCAACAACCGCUAUGAUGCAGGCAAUGGCUGAAAUGACCAAAGAAGAUCCCAGCACUCAUGUCCGAGCUGUCCUUAAAUCAGUGAUUGAAUCAGUUGCUGAAUUGAAAAAUCCUCGUUACUUCCACCUUGCGCAGACGGCAGCAGCAGUUAAGCAUAUGCUGACAGAAGAAACCUUCGGUGUACAGUACUCCAGUAAAAACGCCAUGCAAUUCUUCGAGGAAGAUGAUGAUUUAGGCAUUACCAAUUUUGUUUCCAACAUCGGCAGCAAGGAUAGUCUGUAUCCUAAGUCCUUUAAAUAUACCUGGAAAAACAGAAUCGGUGGUUGGGAUGAUGAAACUUCGUUCUCAUGGGCUGCUUCAAGUGGGCGCAAAGUUGUGGAAUACUUCAUAAAUAACAUGUUUGCUGAAAGUAACAGAGAUAGAAGUGGUGAAUUUAAUCACAAAUUCUCAGCGAACAAGAUAUCAGAGAUGCUUAACAUCAAGGUUGAUGACAAGGAUUCCUUGGAAGCAUCCCUCUAUAUGGACUUCAUGAACGAGCAACGACUAUUUGCAUUUGGAGAAAACGAUAUUAAGGACUUGGCCAGUAGGUGGGCUGGAUACUUGGAAAAGCUUACUAAUGGUAUUGAUGUGCACUAUACAAAGGUCAUAAACAGAAACGAAGUAUCAGUUAUGUUCCCUCUUGCUUCGGGUAUGCCUUUCAUUUAUAAAUACAAAGAACCAACCCUAAUCCACGUACAAGGCAAAAUUAAAGGUAAAGUGGACUUCCUGGACAGAGAAGGUUAUAAGACUGCCAUUACUUUGGACAAAGAUAUUCGUCUUACCUAUGCUGAAAAUCAUGAUGGAAGUGUUGGUUUCCUGGAUCCCCUUGGCAAUCAAUAUGCGGUUGCAGGUCUUGUUAGGAAAUUCCAAGUUUACAUUCCCCUAAGAAUAAGAUUAGUAAUGAAGCCAGGUGAGAUUAAAACAAACAUCAAGCCCGUUGAACCUGAGCAAGACACAACAUUAGUACAUUACAGUGUUUGGCCGUAUACUGCUAACCAGAAGAAGGAUUCAUUAGUAACAUUCUCACAGGACCCCACCACCAAAGUUAUUACAAGGCCCAACAAAGAAGUAUCUAUUGAUUACAAGUUCGGACACCAAAUCGGAACACCACUCCAGGUUCAAGGAUACUCUUAUUCUCAAGAUUUUAGAAACAUUGGCAGAAUGGUACGAUCGAACGACUUACUAUCCAGCUUGAUUAAUGCUUUUAAACAAAGAGAUGUCGCUCAAACACACUUCAACGUCAGGUAUCUCGGUAAACAGGCUAAAAGCAAAGGUGUUUGGCUAACGGGUGUUUAUGAUUCUCUUUACAACCUAAAGAAUGAAGGUCAAAUGCCAGAAGUGGCCUCAGAAAUGAGUGACGUGACACCCAACAGCCCUUCAAGGAGAGAGGAAUUGAUCAAACGCGUAACUUUGGGAAUAAAUGCCGCCAGAGCCACAGUCGUAGACUUAAGUGCCAAAUUUGAUCUACCUCAGCAACAAGAAUACGUUCUCACAGCUGCUAUUGGUGAAAGCCGUGUAGACCCUAAAAUUCAGUUUGCGUUAUUCGCUGGCAGGAAUUCGGAACAACCAAACCAAUUUAACGCUGUAGCAACACUUAAGAAACCAGCUUCAAUUUCGCUAAUGAACUUCCAAGAAGCUCUUCAGAAAGAACUCAAAAUGGAAUUCGAAGCUGACAUCCGUUACAACAAAAAGGAAAAUAUUCACAUCCAUGGCUCCACUGAGCGUACGAAGAAAUAUGUAGAAGAGCUUCAAAAACAACCAUGGGCUAAACAGUGUAUCGAGGAGAUCGCUAGAGGAAACUUCUACCAACGUGCUUGUCACAAAGCAAUUGUAAUGGCUCAUGCCCCAGACAACUUCAAGUUUGGCGUUUUAUUCAAAGAUGUGAGCCCCGUAGUUAACAAUGCACCUUACCAAGUACUCAAAAUUGCUGAGAGCCUUGGUCUAUGGAAAUGGGAAGAAGUCCCUAAUAAAAUGACCCGUGACGGCAAACUCGACAUUAAUGUAGAUGCUUCGUAUUUGACAAACACGUUGAACUUGGAGCUGUUCCAUUCAUUCUAUGGACGUAUGCAUAUCAAGAACGUACCUAUUCCUGAAGUUGCCCCUGUUGCUUUGGCUACAUAUUGGCCAAUCAGGCCCUAUGAACGCGUGUUCAAUUACUACAGCAAACACCAGUUCCAACCUCUAUGCAGCGUCGACGGUUCUAAAGUGAGGACUUUCAGCGAACGCGACUAUGACUACAAACUGUCUCGUUCAUGGCAUGUAGUUAUGCUUGAUGACAGGCCUGGAACCAACGAAGACCUGGUCGUUCUCGCUAGAAGGCCCAGCGAAAUGAGACAGGAAAUUUACAUCUCUUACAGCUCCCGCACUGGCAAACAAGUUGAGAUCGAGAUGAAACCGGCACCAGAAGGCCAAACAGAAUACGUCGUGAAUGUAAAAACCAACGCCAAGAAGGUUUCCGAGGGAGCCCUUACUACAUACUGGGACGAUGUUGACGAAAUACCCAUCCUUGAGUACUACAAGGAAGGAGACAACGAACUUAUACUGGUAAUCCGUGAUGGCCGCCUUCGUGUCAUGUAUGACGGUUCAAGAUUCAACCUCCUGGCUGAUAAGAGACGUAACAACAACAGAGGCAUCUGCGGUUACAUGAGCGGCGAACGUCGUGAUGACUACCUCACACCAAACGGUGUGAUCGAUAAGCCUGAGUACUACGGCGUUUCAUACGCCCUCAUCGAUGGCGAAUCUGACCCCAAAGACAGAGAACUGCAAUUAAAAGCACGAGAGGUAGCUUACAAACCCAGAAAACAAUUCACAGCUAUCCUCAAGUCAGAUGAGGAAUGGAAAAACCAAAUGCGUUUGGCUACUGAGGAGGAAUGGGGCGCUGAAAUAAUUUACAGGACAAGGAACUAUUUGAAAUCGAAGGGACGUUGUGACCUGAAGCCUCAAGUUCAGUACUACGAAAACCAUGGGGAGAUUUGCAUCUCUACGACUCCUUUGCCCGCCUGUCAGAGCCAUUGCAGCGGUGAGGAAUUCAAGGUACAAGCUGCUCAGGUAGUCUGCAAAUCCAAAUUUGACGAGAGCUUCCGCUCUUACAGAAACCUCAUCCAGCAGGGUGAAAACCCUAAAGUAACUGGUGUUACUAAAACUACGCAAUACAGAGUUCCUAGCUCAUGCAAAGCGUAAUUUUUUGCGUUUAAUACUUACUUAACUUGAUUAAUAUGUCCUAAGUUCCACGAACUGGUUGUAUCAACGGCUAUGAUGAAGUAGUUAUUAUUAUACUAUUAUUAAUUGUAUAGUUUCUUUAUGAAUUCGGUCGUAUCGCAUGUAUGUAUGAAAAUUUUAAUAUUGUUUGUAUUCUUUAAUAUGUAUUUAUGUAUGUAACUAUUUAUUUUUGAUAAAUAAAUGUAUAGUAUUAUUAUAUCAUUAGAUGAACAUAUCGUAUAAGAAGCAAGUUUAAAAAUGUACAAAAAAAUGGAAAUAAAGCAUAAAA